AUGUUCCUCAAGUUCAUUUGUGCCGUGGUGACCAGGUCUCUCUUUAUCCUCAUCUCUCUCAUAGGGGUAUGGAGAGUGGUGUGGGUGAAAGACAAUGGAUAUUACUGGUUUCUCACAAUCCUCUACUUGCCUCUGGUGGCUGAGAUGAUCCUGACUCUGAGGAGGAGGAGUGGGAAUGAUUACAAAUGGUUUUCUCCAGCUAUCUUCUUCUUCCUCAUCAGUAUUAUUCCAUCAAUAUGGAUUUUAGAGCUUCACCACCAAGAGAAUAAAUCCCCCAAUUCAGCGUGUGAUAAACUCGACUCAACUGAAAAUAUUAGGAGUCUUUUCAGUCACUGGAUGAACUCAUCAACCAAUGGGACCAGAUCACUCAAGGACAUCCCACUAUCUACAGUGUGUGCCAACGACUGGAUACUUGCUUUACAUCAGAUCCUGCUCAUCUUACUGAUCUUGGGGAAGUGGUUGCUGCCGGCUGCCGGGGGGCUGACCAGAGACCAGCUCUCCCAGUUACUGCUUAUCUUUGUGGGCACAGCUGCUGACUUACUGGAGUUCACCUCUGAAACACUGUCUGACAUCAAGGAUAGCAGUCCAGCCAUGGUCUACAUAAUUCUGGGCGUGUGGACCUGGAGCAUGCUGCAGUUUCCUCUGCAUCUGUCAGUAUUGAACGCGCCCACAGAUGAACUUGCCGAAGCAGCCGCCUCUCGUGUCUCUCAACACAGGACUGAUGUCUGGGGCACGGUGGAAGCUUUGUUCAUCCAGGACGGGCCUUUCCUCGUGGUCCGCCUCACCGUCAUGAUCUACUUCAAAGUGGUCCACCAGAUGCUGAUCUUCUUCGCCAUUAAAAACUUCUUGGUUGUCAUUCUUAACAUUUACCGGCUCUUUGUCCUCAUCUGUGAUACCAAGGGUUACUGA